CUCUCUAAAAUACAUCUCUCUCUCUCUCUCUCUCUCUCUCUCUCUCUUCCUUUCUAUGGCGAAGAAGAGUCCCUCGUCGAAUCUCCUCGCCUCUACAGCUUCAGGUCCUAAAAACAAAAGCCCACCAAAGGAUAUUAGGAGAGACAGAUAAUAUAAGUAUAUAUAUAUAUAUAGAGAGAGAGAGAGAGAGAGAGAGAGAAGAGAAAAGAACCCAUAAGAGAGAAAAGUCAUGGAUUCGUUUGUAGUGGAAGAAUUUCAAGCGUCCUUUCUUGGCUCACAAAAGUUGGGUUAGUUGCUGCUAAUGUGGGUGAGCUGACUGGUUCCUUAUUAUUCAACAGCCAUGGCCACAGAUUCUUCUCUUGAGGGAGUUGCUCAUGACCCGUCAAAAUGCAGUAAAAUGAGUAUGGAGAAGAAAAGAGAACUUGUUUACGAAAUAUCAAAUUGGUCGGAAGGUGCCUCUGAGAUGCUACAGUCAUGGAGUCGUCAGGAAAUCUUGCAGAUCCUUUGCGCUGAGAUGGGAAAGGAAAGAAAGUACACAGGUUUGACAAAGUUGAAAAUUAUAGAGCAUCUUCUAAAAAUUGUAUCUGAAAAGAAAUUGGGAGGCAAUGAGGUCGUAAUAGACGUUGAUUCACAGUCUUCUCCGCCUCCACCUGGCCAGCGGAGUACUAAAAGGCAGAGGAAAACUGAGCAACCAUCUCGGCUAGCUACUGCAGUAAGCAAUGCAUCAAGCAAUAGUGUCACCAUUGAUCUGACUAAUAUUGUGUAUUGCAAAAACUCUGCUUGUAGAGCUACCUUAAGUCGGGAAGAUUCAUUUUGCAAGAGGUGUUCAUGUUGUAUAUGUUACAAGUACGACGAUAACAAGGACCCUAGCUUGUGGUUGAUUUGCAGCUCAGAGCCUCCGUUUCUGGGCAAUUCAUGUGGCAUGUCAUGUCAUCUUGAGUGUGCGUUGAAACACGAAAAGUCUGGUAUUGGUAAAGAGGGGAAAAUCGAGGAACUAGAUGGAAGCUUUCAUUGCGUCUCUUGUGGGAAAGUGAAUGAUUUGCUUGGGUCCUGGAGAAAACAAUUGGUCAUGGCAAAGGAAACCAGACGGGUGGACAUUCUUUGUUAUCGUGUCUCGUUAAGCCAAAAACUUCUCAAGGGAACUAAUAGGUACCAAAUUCUUUAUGAGAUUGUGGAUGAAGCUGUGAACAAGCUUGAAGCAGAAGUUGGUCUAUUGACUGGCUUGCCCGUGAAAAUGGGUAGGGGUAUUGUCAAUAGGCUUUCGUCGGGACAAGAGGUUCAGAAGCUUUGUGCGUCCGCUCUGGAAUUGCUAGACUCGAUGCGUACUGAUGCAAAUUUGCAGUCGUUGCCUGGUCCCAUUAUUCAAGGUAAUAAAAAAUCAAUAGUGCCUGACAUGAUCAAAUUUGAAGACAUCCAGACAACAUCCUUAACUGUGAUUUUGGAUUGUGAGAAUCUUUCAUCAGAAAAUAAUGUAAUCUACACCUUAUGGCACCGUAAGGCCGACGAUAUAAACUAUUCGAUAGAACCAACUUGUAAGGUGUUUGCCCCAAACACGAGGUUUGUUGUUAGAGGCCUUACUCCUGGUACAGAGUAUUGUUUCAAGGUCGUUUCAUUUGACGGCACCAAUGAGUUGGGUACGUGUGAAGUCCGGUCUUCUACAAGCAAUGGGGAUGAGCCCCCGAAUUGCUUGCUGUUGGAGAGAAGUCAAAGCCCAGCAACUAACUGUAGCAGCCUCUCUAAUCCAUCUUCGGUAGAAGAUGAAACCAACAAUGUUGCUCUGUUCAGUGAUCAGGCUGAUAACAGAGCAGACAAUUAUCUUACUUAUUGCAAGGGCACUGAAAAAAUUGUUACUGCUAGUUUAUCGAGUGGUGCCAUUACCUGCAAUAGUGAAGGAGCAAACCUAGGAGAUGCAGUCGGGGAUCGUGCCGUUGGGGUCGUUGGUUCCUUGUCAAAUUCUGAUGUGUUAAAAUUCGAAAACAAGCGUUUGUCUGAGAGCCAAACUAUUGAGGACUUGUGCAAUGAUAACGGGUCAAAUACUCUGGUUCGAACGGGGACAGAAUGUGUGCCAUUUGUUGGUAGCUCAGAUGCAGGGUUGCCCAUUACUCCUUUCAAGGUGGAAAUGCUCAAGGAUGGCCUAGGAAGAAAUGGAAGAUCCAAAUCCAUGAGCAAGGAUCUGGAAAACGGGACUGGCAAAGGUGAACCCCAAGAUGGCAGCACAUCGAAAAAAAGAAGUGCAGAGAGGCCCGACGAGGAAUGCGCAGGAAAUGGUCUUUCGGAUAGGGAUUUCGAGUACUAUGUGAAGAUCAUCAGAUGGUUAGAAUGCGAGGGGCAUAUUGAGAAGAACUUUAGGCAGAAAUUCCUAACCUGGUUUAGCUUGAGAGCAACCCCGCUUGAGGUAAGGAUUGUGAAGGUGUUCAUCGACACAUUUAUCGAAGAUCCAGCAUCGCUUGCGGGGCAACUUGUUGACACUUUCUCAGAAAGUAUUUCUAGCAAGAGAUCAUCUGUUGUACCAACUGGGUUCUGUAUGAAGCUUUGGCAUUGAUCAGCUUUCAAAGGUCUAGCUAUUAGUUUGAAGGAGUUUUUGGGUGCAAACCAAGUCCUGGUUUGUGCGCAGUAAUUCUUUAGACCUCCUAACACACUUCAUUUUAGACUAUUUCAUCAUUUAUAUAUAUAUAUAUAUAUAUAUUA